AAACUUCAUUGAAUGCGACAUACAAGAAGGAAAUGAGAGAGCACACCAUCCAAAGAAUUGCUCGAUGGUUUUAUGAUGCAGGAGUGCCUCUGAAUGCCUGCACAUAUGAAAGUUUUGCCCCUAUGAUUGAGUCAAUUGGGCAAUUCGGUCCUGGAUUGAAACCACCAUCUUAUCAUGAGUUAAGAGUUCCAUGUUUGAAGAAGGAAUUAGAAGCAACAAAUGAGUUGAUGAGUAACCAUAAGGUAGAGUGGGCCAAGGUUGGAUGCACUGUUAUGGCUGAUGGAUGGACCGAUAGAAGAAAUAGGACAUUAAUUAACUUUUUAGUUAAUAGUCCUAAAGGCACCAUGUUUAUUGAGUCCAUCGAUGCUUCAUUUUAUGUGAAAGAUGGAAAGAAGAUGUUCGAGUUACUUGAUAAUUUUGUAGACCAAAUUGGAGAAGCGAAUGUUGUACAAGUAGUUACCGAUAGUGCCUCAGCAAAUGUGAUGGCAGGGAGAUUGUUAGAAGCAAAACGACCACAGUUAAUAUGGUCUCCGUGUGCCGCUCAUUGCUUAGAUUUGAUGUUGGAGGAUAUAUACAAGAUCUCGAAUAUUCGCAAAGCAUUGAAAAGAGGCAUAGAGAUUAGCAAUUUCAUAUACGUUCGUCCUGGAUUGUUAAACAUGAUGCGACGUUUUACUAACCAAAAGGAGUUAGUUAGACCAGCUAAGACUCGUUUUGCUACUGCUUGCAUUACAUUAUCGAGUAUACAUCGUCAAAAGAAUAAUCUGAGGAAGAUGUUUACUUCAGAUGAAUGGAAGGAAAGCAAAUGGAGUAAGGAGCAACAAGGGAAACGAGUAGUUCAGACUAUUUUGUUGGCUAGUUUUUGGACUACAAUUGUUUUCGCUCUUAAAGUAUCUGGCCCACUAGUCCGAGUUCUUAGAUUGGUUGAUGGCGAGAAGAAGCCACCUAUGGGAUAUAUUUAUGAGGCCAUGGAUAGAGCUAAGGAAGCUAUUGCUAAAUCCUUUAAUAAUAAUGAAGAAAAAUACAAGGACAUUUUCACCAUAAUUGAUAAAAGAUGGGAGCUUCAGUUGCAUCGUCCUCUGCAUGCAGCGGGGUAUUAUUUAAACCUGUCAUUCUAUUAUUCGAAUCCUAAUAUCCAGGAGGAUGAUGAAAUAGUUAAUGGACUCUACUCAUGCAUAACGAAAAUGGUUGCUUCAUUGGAAGUACAAGACAAAAUACUUGCAGAACUAAGCAAGUAUAAGAGAGCUGAAGCAUUAUUCGGACAACCUUUAGCAAUCAGACAAAGGGACAAAAUAUCUCCAGUGGAAUGGUGGGAUAAUUUUGGACAAUCAACUCCAAACUUGCAAAAGUUUGCUGUGAGAAUUUUAGGUCUUACUUGUAGUGCUUCUGGAUGCGAGCGUAAUUGGAGUGUGUUUGAACAGCUUCAUAGCAAGAAACGAAAUAGGCUUGCUCAAAGUCGUUUGAAUGAUCUAGUGUUCAUCAAAUACAACAGAGCACUAAAACGUCGAUACAACCUACGAGAUAUUGUCGACCCCAUCUCCUUGAAAGAUAUUGAUGAUAGUAAUGAAUGGUUGAUUGGAAGAUUGGAUGACGAUUCUGAGGAGGAUGAUGAGUUGGUAUUUAACGAUGAUUCUUUAACGUGGGGUGAUGUUUCUAGAGCUGUCGGAGCAAAAGAACCAUCAUUCUAUUCUAGAGCUAGUACCUCUAGACCAAAGACUAUUGUUUCAUGUUCAUCCUCGUCUACCACGCAACGGAAACAAGUAAAUUUAGAUGACUUCGAUUUGGAAGAAGAAGAUACUGAUGGCUAUAAGUCUAACGAAGGAUUGAAUGAAGACGAGGAUCAAUUUAAUGAUGAUGAGUUUGAUCUUUAGGGAUGAACUUUUAUUUUGAUUAUUGACUUGUUGAAUACUAGGUAGUUUUUUGUUGUGUUUUGUUGUUUAGGCUACUUAUAUUGGGUACCUAUAUUUUAUACAUUGUUGCUCUGCUAUAUGUGUGUAUAUAUAUAUGUUCUUCUCUUUUUAUAUAUAGUGUGCCUUAUGAAAAAAAAGCUCGCACUUUUUUUUGUGCCUUGCGCCUAGGCUCCAGAGGACCAAUGCGCCUUAGUGCGCCUUGAGCCUUUAAAAA